CACUCGUCUAUCUCGCAAAUAUUAUAGAACAUCUUUGGCUUAGGUAAGAAAGUAGGUGAAAAGUCAAAAGUAACGUCAUGUGACAGAACCCGCAGCCCUGAUUGGAUAAAACAUUGACUUUCUUCCUGUGGGACAAAGGCGAAGUUGGUGCGCAAAGAUUUUAUAACACGGACGUCUGUAGUGCAACCAUAGCAAUGCUUUUCAACAAGGUAAAUACAGCUAAUGAACAAAUAACAGACGUGCUUUAACAGUUACUGAAGAUGUCUUUUAAGCUUUGUGUAGUUCCUAGUUGACAGGUUUCUCGAGAAAUCGAGGAAUUUUUCACAUUUGAUAGCUUGUCUUACUAGCUGAGAAAAUGCACGCUAGCAUUAAGUUAGCUAGCUAACGAUAACGUUAAUGAAUGCCUAACGUUAGUGUGAAAAGCAUUGGUUCCUUUCUGCGCUACAUGUACAUGCUAGCUUUCUUGUAGGUUAUAGCUUUGCCGUUUGUUGUGAAAAUGUGUUGUGAACUAGCUAGGGGACAUGACGCAUCUAACCCCAUAUUCAAACCAUUUCAAUCAACCUCUUGAUCUGUCAAUUGAUGACGUAACAUUUCUGGCACUCUUGUAAACCUAACUACUGUAGACCAGAAGUAAAGAUCCCUCUAAAAUAAAAUUGAAAUCGUAAGUAAUCUACAAACCUAUAGUAAUCUGCUUGUUUUUCUCUCCUCUGGCUUGUAUUCAUUAGCUAGUGGGAUGAGGUCUCAAACGGCACCCUACUACCUAUGGGCCCAGGGGGGGAGAGGGUGCCGUUUUGGACGGAGUAACUGUGUCCCCUCGCCUUGGCCCUUGCGCAACCAUAAGGUUAUUGUAGUUGUUGAUUUGUUCUGUGCCCUCUCCCCACCUCUCCUCAAGUCUCUGAGAGUGGGUGUGCAGUCUGUCCUGCGGCUCCAGAGCACCAGUGCUGCAGCCGUGGCCGCCACCAGCUCUCAGAAUGCUCCAUCAACUGGGUUCUGCUUUGGUGAGUAGCUGUUAGCCAGGGCUCUCUGUGAGUAGCUGUUAGCCAGGGCUCUCUGUGAGUAGCUGUCAGCCAGGGCUCUCUGUGAGUAGCUGUUAGCCAGGGCUCUCUGUGAGUAGCUGUUAGCCAGGGCUCUCUGUGAGUAGCUGUUAGCCAGGGCUCUCUGUGAGUAGCUGUUAGCCAGGGCUCUCUGUGAGUAGCUGUUAUCCAGGGCUCUCUGUGAGUAGCUGUUAGCCAGGGCUCUCUGUGAGUAGCUGUUAGCCAGGGCUCUCUGUGAGUAGCUGUUAGCCAGGGCUCUCUGUGAGUAGCUGUCAGCCAGGGCUCUCUGUGAGUAGCUGUUAGCCAGGGCUCUCUGUGAGUAGCUGUUAGCCAGGGCUCUCUGUGAGUAGCUGUUAGCCAGGGCUCUCUGUGAGUAGCUGUUAGCCAGGGCUCUCUGUGAGUAGCUGUUAGCCAGGGCUCUCUGUGAGUAGCUGUCAGCCAGGGCUCUCUGUGAGUAGCUGUCAGCCAGGGCUCUCUGCGAGUAGCUGUUAGCCAGGGCUCUCUGCGAGUAGCUGUUAGCCAGGGCUCUCUGUGAGUAGCUGUUAGCCAGGGCUCUCUGUGAGUAGCUGUUAGCCAGGGCUCUCUGUGAGUAGCUGUUAGCCAGGGCUCUCUGCGAGUAGCUGUUAGCCAGGGCUCUCUGCGAGUAGCUGUUAGCCAGGGCUCUCUGUGAGUAGCUGUUAGCCAGGGCUCUCUGUGAGUAGCUGUCAGCCAGGGCUCUCUGUGAGUAGCUGUCAGCCAGGGCUCUCUGUCAAUGCAUACCUGUGUAUUUAUAGACUUUCUCUGUCUGUCUCUCCCCUUAUCUCCUUCCCUCCCUACCUCUGUCUAACUACCAACAGAGAUGACAGACCAGCAGAAAGAGUUCCAGGAGCUAGCCAGGAAGUUUUCCCGGGAGGAGAUUGUCCCUGCUGCAGCAGCCUACGACAGGAGUGGAGAAGUGAGUAGAAGACAUCAACUUGGUACUCGGGUCUUUCUCAACGUGUUUGUAUACCAAGCAGUGGCAUGCUGUCAUCUGUGUUGAAUUAGAUUAGUGUCCAUUGAGUAGCUGUCAGUCCAGCCAGCAGCAGCUUUGUAUUGGACCACCCUAACCCUUCUUAUCCCACAGUAUCCUUUCCCCAUCAUCAAGAGGGCAUGGGAGCUGGGCCUGAUGAACUCUCACAUCCCAGAGGACUGUGGUGGAAUGGGUCUGGGCAUAUUCGACUCCUGUCUCAUCACAGAAGAGCUGGCCUAUGGUUGCACCGGAGUUCAGACCGCUAUCGAGGCCAACUCUCUUGGAGUAAGUUCACAUUGUCAUUGAGGUGUAAAACUGUAAAGAGUGAAAAAAACUAAGAUUUGAAUCAAGGUUGAUUUGUCUUUCCAAGUGUUCUGUUUUUUUACAUGUGUAAUGGAUACAUUGCUGAUGAGAUCUAUUGCUUAAAAUAUUGCUAUUGAUCCUGCUGUGUAUCGGAGGUUCAUAGUGGCAGUUUGUGUGUAAUCUUGUAACCCUGGUUCCUACAGAUCUCUUCUUAGGCUGGCGAAGUUCAGACAUUCCCCAAAUUCUCUGGUUUUCUAGAAAUCCUGGUUGGAUGAUUCCUAGAUUUCCUGCUUAUUCUCUUGUAAUUCCAGGAAUCGUCCAACCCGGAUUUUCUGGAAAGACAUGAAAUUGGGGGGAGAGUGACCAGAUUUUUGCAACCCUAUACAGGCAUCACAAAGAGCUCUUCUGUUUCUUCCUUACAGCAAAUGCCUGUGAUCAUAGCAGGUAACGACGUCCAGAAGAAGAAGUACCUGGGAAGAAUGACAGAGGAACCUCUCAUGUGUGUAAGUGUUGCUUUUUCUGUUCUCUUUCAUAGUCCAUCAUAUGAAAUACAGGAAGGAAUUAGUAGACCAUCCUAUGAAAUACAGGAAGGAAUUAGUAGACAUCAUAUGAAAUACAGGAAGGAAUUAGUAGACCAUAAUAUGAAAUACAGGAAGGAAUUAGUAGACCAUCAUAUGAAAUACAGGAAGGAAUUAGUAGACCAUCAUAUGAAAUACAGGAAGGAAUUAGUAGACCAUCCUAUGAAAUACAGGAAGGAAUUAGUAGACCAUCUAUGAAAUACAGGAAGGAAUUAGUAGACCAUCAAUAAUGGAAAUACAGAAGGAAUUAGUAGACCAUCAUAUGAAAUACAGGAAGGAAUUAGUAGACCAUCUAUGAAAUACAGGAAGGAAUUAGUAGAACCAUCUAUGAAAUACAGGAAGGAAUUAGUAGACCAUCUAUGAAAUACAGGAAGGAAUUAGUAGACCAUCAUAGAAAUACAGGAAGGAAUUAGUAGACCAUCAUAUGAAAUACAGGAAGGAAUUAGUAGACCAUCAUUGAAAUACAGGAAGGAAUUAGUAGACCAAUAAUAUGAAAUACAGGAAGGAAUUAGUAGACCAUAUAUGAAAUACAGGAAGGAAUUAGUAGACCAUCAUAUGAAAUACAGGAAGGAAUUAGUAGACCAUCAUAUGAAAUACAGGAAGGAAUUAGUAGACCAUAAUAUGAAAUAAAGGAAGGAAUUAGUAGACCAUCAUAUGAAAUACAGGAAGGAAUUAGUAGACCAUCAUAUGAAAUACAGGAAGGAAUUAGUAGACCAUCAUAUGAAAUACAGGAAGGAAUUAGUAGACCAUCAUAUGAAAUACAGGAAGGAAUUAGUAGACCAUCAUAUGAAAUACAGGAAGGAAUUAGUAGACCAUCAUGAAAUACAGGAAGGAAUUAGUAGACCAUCAUAUGAAAUACAGGAAGGAAUUAGUAGACCAUCAUAUGAAAUACAGGAAGGAAUUAGUAGACCAUCAUAUGAAAUACAGGAAGGAAUUAGUAGACCAUCGUAUGAAAUACAGGAAGGAAUUAGUAGACCAUCGUAUGAAAUACAGGAAGGAAUUAGUAGACCAUAAUAUGAAAUACAGGAAGGAAUUAGUAGACCAUCGUAUGAAAUACAGGAAGGAAUUAGUAGACCAUCGUAUGAAAUACAGGAAGGAAUUAGUAGACCAUCGUAUGAAAUACAGGAAGGAAUUAGUAGACCAUAAUAUGAAAUACAGGAAGGAAUUAGUAGACCAUCAUAUGAAAUACAGGAAGGAAUUAGUAGACCAUCAUAUGAAAUACAGGAAGGAAUUAGUAGACCAUAAUAUGAAAUAAGGAAGGAAUUAGUAGACCAUCAUAUGAAAUACAGGAAGGAAUUAGUAGACCAUCAUAUGAAAUACAGGAAGGAAUUAGUAGACCAUCAUAUGAAAUACAGGAAGGAAUUAGUAGACCAUCAUAUGAAAUACAGGAAGGAAUUAGUAGACCAUCAUAUGAAAUACAGGAAGGAAUUAGUAGACCAUCAUAUGAAAUACAGGAAGGAAUUAGUAGACCAUCAUAUGAAAUACAGGAAGGAAUUAGUAGACCAUCAUAUGAAAUACAGGAAGGAAUUAGUAGACCAUCAUAUGAAAUACAGGAAGGAAUUAGUAGACCAUCAUAUGAAAUACAGGAAGGAAUUAGUAGACCAUCAUAUGAAAUACAGGAAGGAAUUAGUAGACCAUCAUAUGAAAUACAGGAAGGAAUUAGUAGACCAUCAUAUGAAAUACAGGAAGGAAUUAGUAGACCAUCAUAUGAAAUACAGGAAGGAAUUAGGGAUGUGACAAGUGGAAAACAUUUCUUCAUGUUUAAACGGCCAUUGUUUUAUCAGUUUUCCGUUAAAACGAUAAGAACAAUUUAAAAAAGAAAUCCAUGUGAAUUCACAAUGCAGAUAUCCAUAUGGUCCUAUUGCGUAUGACUCACGGUGCGCCCCCCCCCCCCUUUUCAGGUGGUUAAGCAUUGAACCUGUACUACCGUUACUGUACCUCAAUUCCACCUCGCAACGUUUGCAUUUUACCACCUUGUCUUUUUAACUUGUCAAAGUGUUGCCAUACAGGACUUCACUGUUGUCGCUUGCCUUUCUCUGCCAUUUGUCAGACGGUUAACGACGAAAUCCACGUCAAUUCACAAUGCAGAAUAAUGAUCCUAUUACGAAUGUAUGACUGCUAGGGCCUGGCAAUGAAGUUCUAUGUACCACAACCCUUCACAGAGACCUGGAACACAGCCACAGUAACCUGUCAAUAGACUAUUUAAAAAAGUGGCACAUCUGUAGGCCUACCUUUUCAGACAGUACCCAUCUGUAGGCCUACCUUUUCAGACAGUACCCAUCUGUAGGCCUACCUUUUCAGACAGUACCCAUCUGUAGGCCUACCUUUUCAGACAGUACCCAUCUGUAGGCCUACCUUUUCAGACAGUACCCAUCUGCAGGCCUACCUUUUCAGACAGUACCCAUCUGUAGGCCUACCUUUUCAGACAGUACCCAUCUGUAGGCCUACCUUUUCAGACAGUACCCAUCUGUAGGCCUACCUUUUCAGACAGUACCCAUCUGUAGGCCUACCUUUUCAGACAGUACCCAUCUGUAGGCCUACCUUUUCAGACAGUACCCAUCUGUAGGCCUACCUUUUCAGACAGUACCCAUCUGCAGGCCUACCUUUUCAGACAGUACCCAUCUGCAGGCCUACCUUUUCAGACAGUAUAAUUAUUCUCCGGCCUAAAAUGUUGUUUUAUUUUUUUCCCCUGACAACAAUAAACGUUGCUGAUUUAAUGUGCUGUUGUGUUAUUGUUUAUGGUAUUGUAGCUAGAUGUGUUUUAUUUCUACUAAAUGUCUUGGUACAUCACAGUAUUUAAUAAACUUUAAAGUGUUAGUUUUUUUUAGGAGAGAGUGGUCUGCUGCAGGCAGGUCGAUAUUAUUUGAUUGACAGUUCUGGUUGCCUAGUGAUGGAUGUUUAGUCCUGCUUCAGAAGCAGAAAUCCUUUACAGACAAGUAAAAUGCCUGUUCAUCCACCCGGAGGUUUCGUGUCUACAUUUAACAUAUUACAUAUUAGUCAUUUAGCAGACGCUCUUAUCCAGAGCGACUUACAGUUAGUGAAUACAUUUUAUUUUAUACUAGCCCCCCGUAGGAAUCGAACCCACAACCCUGGCGUUGCAAACGCCAUGCUCUAUCAACUGAGCUACAUCCCUGCCGGCCAUUCCCUCCCCUACCCUGGACGACGCUGGGCCAAUUGUGCGCCGCCCAUGAGUCUCCCGGUCGCGGCCGGCUGCGACAGAGCCUGGAUUCGAACCAGGAUCUCUAGUGGCACAGUUAGCGCUGCGAUGCAGUGCCUUAGACCACUGCGCCACUCAGGAGUAUAAAAAAAAAAAGCCGUAGUGUUGCCUACCCUAACAGACAAACAUGCCAUAGCUGAGGCGCUUUCAAGGCGCCACAUUCCAUUAUGUCUGAAAAGGGUCAUCGAUGAGAGAGAGAGAGAGAUCAAAUAUUUGUAUAGUAUGAUAAAAUGCUGAGGGUGUUUCUGGAUGCAUGUGUGUUGACUACCAGGCGUACGGUGUGACGGAGCCCGGGGCAGGCUCUGACGUGGCGGCCCUCAAGACACGGGCGGUGAAGAAAGGAGACGAGUACGUUGUUAACGGUCAGAAGAUGUGGAUCACCAACGGAGGCAAAGCCAACUGGUGAGAGGAGAAACGCACACCGUUAUAAAGUCAUUUCUCAAUAAAGAUGUCCCCCCCCCCCCCCCCAUGCUGAACACUUUAAUGCCUCUUUGUGGAAUUAAACAUUUUCUCUAUAAAAGAUGAGGAACAGUGUCUGGGCCUUUACGUUUCUUCCCCAGGCAGCAGUAUAAUGUGUUGUGAUAUGACACCGUCUGUCCUCUCAUUGCUCACAGGUAUUUCCUGCUGGCCCGUACUGAUGUUGACCCGAAGUGUCCAACCAGCAAGGCUUUCACAGGCUUCAUCGUCGACGCGGACACACCUGGAAUACUAGUGGGCAGGAAGGUGAGGAUCUGGUGUCUCAAUGGCUGAUCAAUUAUAUCACUCUGUCGCCAUUCUGCUUGGAUCAAUAAUUCUACGUAGUAGUGACCGGAUAAAUUUUUUUGUUUGUUGCGCAUACAUGCCCAAUGAUUUUAGCUAGCUAGAACGAAUGAAAUGACUCACUUGUGUAUGCUGCAAACUGUAGAGGAUCUGAGAUUGGUGUCUGAACAUGGUUACUAUACUAAGCUAUAUUACUCUGUGUGUAGGAGUUGAACAUGUUACAAUACUAACCUAUAAUAUUGCUCUGUGUGUAGGAGUUGAACAUGGUUACUAUACUAAGCUAUAAUAUUGCUCUGUGUGUAGGAGUUGAACAUGGUUACUAUACUAAGCUAUAAUAUUGCUCUGUGUGUAGGAGUUGAACAUGGUUACUAUACUAAGCUAUAAUAAUGCUCUGUGUGUAGGAGUUGAACAUGGUUACUAUACUAAGCUAUAAUAUUGCUCUGUGUGUAGGAGUUGAACAUGGUUACUAUACUAAGCUAUAAUAUUGCUCUGUGUGUAGGAGUUGAACAUGGUUACUAUACUAAGCUAUAAUAUUGCUCUGUGUGUAGGAGUUGAACAUGGUUACUAUACUAAGCUAUAAUAUUGCUCUGUGUGUAGGAGUUGAACAUGUUACAAUACUAAGCUAUAAUAUUGCUCUGUGUGUAGGAGUUGAACAUGGUUACUAUACUAAGCUAUAAUAUUGCUCUGUGUGUAGGAGUUGAACAUGGUUACUAUACUAAGCUAUAAUAUUGCUCUGUGUGUAGGAGUUGAACAUGGUUACUAUACUAAGCUAUAAUAUUGCUCUGUGUGUAGGAGUUGAACAUGGUUACUAUACUAAGCUAUAAUAUUGCUCUGUGUGUAGGAGUUGAACAUGGUUACUAUACUAAGCUAUAAUAUUGCUCUGUGUGUAGGAGUUGAACAUGGUUACUAUACUAAGCUAUAAUAUUGCUCUGUGUGUAGGAGUUGAACAUGGUUACUAUACUAAGCUAUAAUAUUGCUCUGUGUGUAGGAGUUGAACAUGGUUACUAUACUAAGCUAUAAUAUUGCUCUGUGUGUAGGAGUUGAACAUGGUUACUAUACUAAGCUAUAAUAUUGCUCUGUGUGUAGGAGUUGAACAUGGUUACUAUACUAAGCUAUAAUAUUGCUCUGUGUGUAGGAGUUGAACAUGGUUACUAUACUAAGCUAUAAUAUUGCUCUGUGUGUAGGAGUUGAACAUGGUUACUAUACUAAGCUAUAAUAAUGCUCUGUGUGUAGGAGUUGAACAUGGUUACUAUACUAAGCUAUAAUAUUGCUCUGUGUGUAGGAGUUGAACAUGGUUACUAUACUAAGCUAUAAUAUUGCUCUGUGUGUAGGAGUUGAACAUGGUUACUAUACUAAGCUAUAAUAUUGCUCUGUGUGUAGGAGUUGAACAUGGUUACUAUACUAAGCUAUAAUAUUGCUCUGUGUGUAGGAGUUGAACAUGGUUACUAUACUAAGCUAUAAUAAUGCUCUGUGUGUAGGAGUUGAACAUGGUUACUAUACUAAGCUAUAAUAUUGCUCUGUGUGUAGGAGUUGAACAUGGUUACUAUACUAAGCUAUAAUAUUGCUCUGUGUGUAGGAGUUGAACAUGGUUACUAUACUAAGUUAUAAUAUUUCUCUGUGUGUAGGAGUUGAACAUGGUUACUAUACUAAGCUAUAAUAAUGCUCUGUGUGUAGGAGUUGAACAUGGUUACUAUACUAAGCUAUAAUAAUGCUCUGUGUGUAGGAGUUGAACAUGGUUACUAUACUAAGCUAUAAUAAUGCUCUGUGUGUAGGAGUUGAACAUGGUUACUAUACUAAGCUAUAAUAUUGCUCUGUGUGUAGGAGUUGAACAUGGUUACUAUACUAAGCUAUAAUAUUGCUCUGUGUGUAGGAGUUGAACAUGGUUACUAUACUAAGCUAUAAUAUUGCUCUGUGUGUAGGAGUUGAACAUGGUUACUAUACUAAGCUAUAAUAUUGCUCUGUGGUGUAGGAGUUGAACAUGGUUACUAUACUAAGCUAUAAUAUUGCUCUGUGUGUAGGAGUUGAACAUGGUUACUAUACUAAGCUAUAAUAUUGCUCUGUGUGUAGGAGUUGAACAUGGUUACUAUACUAAGCUAUAAUAAUGCUCUGUGUGUAGGAGUUGAACAUGGUUACUAUACUAAGCUAUAAUAAUGCUCUGUGUGUAGGAGUUGAACAUGGUUACUAUACUAAGCUAUAAUAAUGCUCUGUGUGUAGGAGUUGAACAUGGUUACUAUACUAAGCUAUAAUAAUUGCUCUGUGUGUAGGAGUUGAACAUGGUUACUAUACUAAGCUAUAAUAAUGCUCUGUGUGUAGGAGUUGAACAUGGUUACUAUACUAAGCUAUAAAUGCUCUGUGUGUAGGAGUUGAACAUGGUUACUAUACUAAGCUAUAAUAAUGCUCUGUGUGUAGGAGUUGAACAUGGUUACUAUACUAAGCUAUAAUAAUGCUCUGUGUGUAGGAGUUGAACAUGGUUACUAUACUAAGCUAUAAUAUUGCUCUGUGUGUAGGAGUUGAACAUGGUUACUAUACUAAGCUAUAAUAUUGCUCUGUGUGUAGGAGUUGAACAUGGUUACUAUACUAAGCUAUAAUAUUGCUCUGUGUGUAGGAGUUGAACAUGGUUACUAUACUAAGCUAUAAUAUUGCUCUGUGUGUAGGAGUUGAACAUGGUUACUAUACUAAGCUAUAAUAUUGCUCUGUGUGUAGGAGUUGAACAUGGUUACUAUACUAAGCUAUAAUAUGCUCUGUGGUAGGGCGGACAUGGUACUAUAUAAGUAUAUGCUCUGUGUGUAGGAGUUGAACAUGGUUACUAUACUAAGCUAUAAUAUUGCUCUGUGUGUAGGAGUUGAACAUGGUUACUAUACUAAGCUAUAAUAAUUGCUCUGUGUGUAGGAGUUGAACAUGGUUACUAUACUAAGCUAUAAUAUUGCUCUGUGUGUAGGAGUUGAACAUGGUUACUAUACUAAGCUAUAAUAUUGCUCUGUGUGUAGGAGUUGAACAUGGUUACUAUACUAAGCUAUAAUAUUGCGCUGUGUGUAGGAGUUGAACAUGGUUACUAUACUAAGCUAUAAUAUUGCUCUGUGUGUAGGAGUUGAACAUGGUUACUAUACUAAGCUAUAAUAUUGCUCUGUGUGUAGGAGUUGAACAUGGUUACUAUACUAAGCUAUAAUAUUGCUCUGUGUGUAGGAGUUGAACAUGGUUACUAUACUAAGCUAUAAUAUUGCUCUGUGUGUAGGAGUUGAACAUGGUUACUAUACUAAGCUAUAAUAUUGCUCUGUGUGUAGGAGUUGAACAUGGUUACUAUACUAAGCUAUAAUAUUGCUCUGUGUGUAGGAGUUGAACAUGGUUACUAUACUAAGCUAUAAUAUUGCUCUGUGUGUAGGAGUUGAACAUGGGCCAGCGGUGUUCUGACACCAGAGGAAUCACCUUUGAGGACGUCAGGAUACCCAAGGAGAACGUUCUGAUUGGAGAAGGAGCCGGCUUCAAGAUCGCCAUGGGAGCUUUCGACAAGACCAGACCACCAGUGAGUCAUGGUUUCCUAGACAACAUGGCGGGCUGCAUGUUUGACACCACUGCCGUUUUAUGUUAGCAACAUUUCCGGUAACCAUCCCAAAAUCCUCAGGUUUUCCAGAAAGCUAAAGGAUUGCAGGGUUUAUUCCCUCCUGAAAACCUGGGAAUUGUGGGAAAGUUACCAGAAUUUUGCAACCCUACCUGCCAUAUUAUGAGUUAGUGAUGAGAGUUCCUCUGUGUAUCCAGGUGGCUGCAGGGGCUACAGGUCUGGCUCAGAGAGCUCUGGAUGAAGCCACUGGCUACGCUCUGGAGAGGAGGACCUUUGGAAAACUCAUCGCUGAGGUUAACCACUUCGUUUCAAUAUCCACAGUUCCACACCACAUAGAAAUACAUGAAGCGAUGUUAAGUAUGGGUGUUUAGAAUGUUGAAGAGAUUAAUCAAUUCAGCCUCAACAAGAGCUCAUCGCAAUCGAAAGUGCUUUUCAGUCCAGGAGUAGACUUCGUCUUAGUCUGGGGAAACUGGCCCUAGUGCUCUAAGGUUUGACCUUUGGCCUCAUACCAUUUUAUAAUUUUUUACACAAUUGAUAAUGCUACCGCAGUCUCACUUGAAAGUGCCUUUUCGUCAGGAGUAGACUUCAUCUUAGUCUGGGAAACUGGCAACAGGGCCACGUUCAGUUGCGAGUAGAAAUUCCACAAAAAGAGCCAACCAUUACUCUUUAUUCUACAUAUCAGAGGCAUGUUUGUUCUACAUAGCAUAUUUCUAUCUGAAAGUUCCAAAAUGUUGCGUCUUGCUGAACACAUCCCCAAGGUUUGACUGUCUCCCUCCCCCCUACAGCACCAGGCAGUGUCGUUCCUGUUGGCUGAGAUGGCCAUGAAGGUGGAGCUGGCCAGGAUGGGCUGGCAGAGGUCAGCGUGGGAGGUUGACAACGGGAGGAGGAACACGUACUACGCCUCCAUCGCUAAGGCCUUCGCCGGGGACAUCGCCAACCAGGUGGCCAGCGACGCCGUGCAGGUGUUUGGAGGAAACGGCUUCAACUCUGAAUACCCCGUAGAGAAACUGAUGAGGGAUGCCAAGAUCUACCAGGUGGGGGGCAUUUCUACCUCAUAAACUGUUUUUAAAAUUCUGUAAGCAUGCUAAACAACCAGUAAGUAGCCAGCACCACUAUCAAUGUAAAUGUUAUCUGACCAGGGCCUGUAUUCACAAAGCAUCGGAGUGCUGACCCUUUUUUAGCUCAUAAGGAGUAAGAUUAUAUGGAUGGACGGGACCUGAUCCCAGAUCAGCUUUGUGAAUACGAGCCCUGCGUAAACGUUGGGUCCUAGCUUUAGACUAUUUCCUGGGUUGUGUUCAGCGGCGGUACAUUACCACCUGAACUUAAGCAAUCAUUUUUGGUUUCCGUUGCAAAAUGUUUAGCCACGUUGUGCCUCACUGAACACUUCCCUAGUCCAGUCAACUGGUUCGGAAAAACUCCUUGCUCAAUUGAUGGAAAAUGAUUAUAAAUGGUCUCCAAUUUAAAUCUUUCUGCUUGUCUCAUUCCAGAUCUAUGAAGGCACCGCCCAGAUCCAGAGACUAAUCAUCUCCCGUGAGCACUUCAGCAGGUUCAAGAAAUGAGCCAACACCUUCCUCUCUGAACGAACACCUGUCGUCUUCCUUCCCUGUUCUGUUCUAACCACUUUUAUAUAUUAAUGUGAAUAGAAAUGAUCAAUUCAAUACAACUCAGGAUGCAGUCACACCUGGGUAAAAUACAGGAUGUCAAGUACUGGAGGUGUUUGAUUGAAGUUGAGCGACAUGCAGGGUGGUGCAUAGCCGCGGGUAUUAGGCCUGCUGCAGCACCCCCUGAAAAUCAAAAGAAAAAUGUAUGAAUAAAAAAAAUCUUAGCCCCACCCCCAAAACAUCUUUCAGCAACUAUGUUGAGCACUUAUGGGCACUGAACUGCAUAGGGAAUAGGGUGCCCUUUCAGACCCACACUUUGAAGUGUUGGUGGCAUCAUCACAACACACCACGUGCCUUGUUGCCCUGUUGGUUUCAGAGUUCAACUGUAGCCGGAGUGUUAAAUGUCUUUGUGUGGGAGUGUUACAUUUCUUUGUGUGAAGCAGAUUGUAACUUUAUGAAAAUAUAACCGAUCAAAUGAGAGUUGACGACAAAGGAAACAUGACCCGUGUAAACUUUUUUUUCUGACUGAUAAACCUCAAGACAGUCCACCUCGGCUUUUAGCAGCGCUUUGUUGAAAUGUAAUAAACGAUGUAUAUCGAA